AUGGACGACGAACCUAUCCAGCUUUCCGCACAUGCGCUCGCAGCUCUCCAGCUGUUCAGACAAGAGGAGGAGGAACGCAAGAAGCAAUUUGAGCAGUUGUACCAGCAAGUAGCACAGGAAGUGGAAGACACGGAAAAUGAAGAAAAACUGCCCACGCCUGCAGCCACCAUCGACGAUUUCAAAGAAGACUGGCAGCUUCUGCAGUUUUGGUACGAUGACGACACUGCGGCUACUUUAGCCAGGGCACUUUUGCAUGGGGCUGAUGAGGAAACAGUGGUGUGCAUUGCCCUGGCACCUUCAGUGUAUGCUGCGAUUGGAAAGUUGCAACCUGAAGAAGUUCCAACCAAACAUGUGUAUUUGUUGGAGUACGACCAGCGUUUUUCUGUAUUGGCGCCAGGCCGUUUCUACCAUUAUGACUAUACUCACCCCGACAAUGUGCCGCUUUCGUUGAAGAAGAAGUGCCAUCGGUUGCUCAUUGAUCCGCCAUUUCUAGAAGAGCAGUGCCAGAGGAAGCUGGCGCAGGCUGCGCGGAACCUUCUUGUGGAGGACGACGGUUCUUUGACGAAGUCGGGAGAUAAGCGGUUCAAGUUGAUUUCGUCAACUGGAGAGAGAAUGAGAGAUAUCAUCAAAGAAACGUACCCCGAGACCAGAAUCACGGAUUUCUUGCCCAAGCACAAGAACGAGUUGGGCAACGAGUUCCGCUGUUACGCCAGUUUCGAGGGUCCCUGGAAGUUUCGUGACGACCAAGCAUAG